AUGCGAGCGAUGGAGUCCUUCAUGCAAGAAGACGACGCCCCUUCGCCUCUGUUGGUCAUGCCGCCGGCGCCGCCUCUCCCUCUCCCGGCGGCCGGAGCCCACGGCCACGGGGCCAAGCAGUGCCCGGCGACUACCCACCUGAGCCCGGCGCAGAUGCAGUUCAUCCAGGCCCAGCUCCACCUGCAGCGGAACCCGGGCCUGGGCCCGCGGGCGCAGCCCAUGAAGCCCGCGGUCCCCGUUCCACCGGCGCCGGCACCGCAGCCGCGGCCGCAGAAGCUGUACCGCGGCGUGCGGCAGCGGCACUGGGGCAAGUGGGUGGCCGAGAUCCGGCUCCCCCGGAACCGCACCCGCCUGUGGCUCGGCACCUUCGACACCGCCGAGGAGGCGGCGCUCGCCUACGACCAGGCGGCGUACCGCCUCCGCGGGGACGCGGCGCGGCUCAACUUCCCCGACAACGAGGCGUCCAGGGCGCCGCUCGACCCCGCCGUCGACGCCAAGCUCCAGGCCAUCUGCGCCACCAUCGCCGCCGCGUCGUCGUCGUCCAAGGGCGGCGCCAGGGCCAAGAGCAAGGCCAUACCGAUCAACGCGCCCGUCCUGGAAGCCGCUGCGGCGGCGGCGUGUCUGAGCAACAGCUCCUCCGACGAAGGCUCCGGGUCCGGGUCCGGGUCGGACGACGAGAUGUGCUCGUCCUCCCGGACGACGCCGGUGGUAGCGGACAUGGGGCAGCUGGACUUCAGCGAGGUGCCGUGGGACGAGGCCGACAGCGUCGUGCUCCGCAAGUACCCGUCCUACGAGAUCGACUGGGACGCGCUGCUCUCCAACUAG